CCGGUGGAAACUACGCGCGUUGAGCCCGGGUCACUUUAAUAGAGUCCUCAUUAUACCGUCUGGGCGAAUCAGCUGUGGGCGUAGUUUUUACAGUAUUUAGUCAUCCUGAUGUUAUUUUGCUGAAAACGACGGAGAUACGACCAUAAACACAUGUGCUGUCUGUCAUGCGUGGAAGGGUUCCAAGUGGAAUGUAUGCACACAUGACUGUAAGUCGCUUUGGAUAAAAGCGUCUGCUAAAUGGCAUAUAUUAUUAUUAUUAUUAUUAUUAUUAUUAUUAAGUGGCUCUGAACCACUUGUUCGCACGCGGAAGUGUGUGUCCACUUCGAAAAGUGAGAAGGUGCCCCGAUUAAAAUUCGUAAAAUGUGGAUCAUUGUAGCAAUCAUUUGUGCUGCUCCAGCUGCAUUACUAUACAAAUAUGUGUUCCGUACAUCCGGACCAAAUCCUUUCGAUAUCGACACUCGUGAGCCGCUUAAACCACUGGUCACCCAAAAGAAGGAGAAAAACAAAGUUCUGAAGCAGGGUUUCUUGGCCAGUAAAGUACCUGAGAAACUAGAUGCCAUUGUCAUUGGCAGUGGAAUUGGUGGUCUUGGGGUGGCGGUGCUGCUGGCUAAGGUUGGAAAGCGGGUCCUGGUUCUGGAGCAACAUGAUCGGGCUGGAGGCUGCUGCCACACCUUCACAGAGAAAGGCUUUGAGUUUGACGUGGGUAUCCACUACAUCGGAGACCUGUUGGAACAUAAGCCCUUCCGCUGCAUGCUUGACCAGCUGACCAAUGGUCAGCUGCAGUGGGAACCACUGGACAACCCCUUUGACCAGGUGGUGUUGGGCCCUCCUGGAAACAGGCGCACCUACCCCAUCUACAGUGGCAGGAACCGUUUCCCUGACGAGCUGAAGAAGUUAUUUCCUGGGGAGGAGGCGGCCAUCGAUGAGUACAUGAGGCUGGUCAAGAAAGCAGGACACAACAUUUGGUUCCUGGGUCUGCUGAAGCUCAUUCCUGUCCCCCUAGCCAAGUUCCUGGUGUACACAGGCCUGGCCAAUCGUCUGUCAUUCUUCUUCCGCAUGGCGUCUCGCAGUGUGACUGAGGUGGUCAACGAGCUGACUAAGAACAAUGACCUCAGAGUCAUCUUCAGCUACAUUUUUGGCACUUACGGUAACAUGCCCAAGGAAGCCAGCUUCUCCAUGCACAGCCUGAUGGUCUGCCACUACCUGACUGGUGCCUGGUACCCAAUAGGAGGAGCCAGUGAGAUCGCCUAUCACAUGAUCCCUAUCGUUGAGAAAGCCGGGGGGGCCGUACUCGUCCGCGCCCCAGUCAACCGCAUCCUGUUCAACGACAACAAGGAGGCUAUUGGUGUGAGCGUGAUGAAGGGUCAGGAGGAGGUCCAUGUGCAUGCUCCAAUGGUCAUCUCCAACGCCGGCAUCUUCAACACCUAUCAGCAGCUGCUGCCUAAGGAACUCCAGGACAUGCCAGCCAUCCAGAAGCAGCUUGGUAUGAUGAAAAACGGGGCGGGAGGUCUGAGCAUCUUCCUGGGCCUGACUGGAACCAAGGAGGACCUGGGCCUCAAAGCAGACAACUACUGGAUCUUCACAGAGCACAACAUGGAUGAACUCGUUGAGACCUAUCUGAAGGGUAACCGGGAGGAGUCGGCGAAAAGUGUUCCCAUCCUCUUUGUUGCCUCUCCAUCAGCCAAAGAUCCCACCUGGGAGGAACGAUCACCAGGCAAGUCCACCCUGAGUCUGGUGAGCUUUGCUAACUAUGAGUGGUUUGAGGAGUGGAAGGAUGACAAGGUGACCAACAGAGGGACUGAUUACAAGGAGCUGAAGCAGAUAUUCUGUGACUCGAUUCUGGAGGUGGUGAUGAGCGUCUUCCCCAAGAUUACCAGGGACAAGGUUGAGUUCAUCGAGGCUGGUACACCCAUAACAAACACACACUACAUUGGAGCCCCAAAGGGGGAGAUCUAUGGAGCAGACCAUGGCACAGCUCGUUUCAGCGCUGAGUGCAAUGCCACCGUGAGGCCCCAGACACCCAUUAAGAACCUCUACCUCACAGGUCAGGAUGUGUUUGUGUGUGGCUUUGCUGGUGCACUGGCUGGGGCUCUGACCUGUGGUUCUGUCAUCCUCAACCGUAACCUGCACCUGGAUGCCAUCACUCUGGCCAAGAAGACCAAACGUGUCGACACUAAGAAGUUGAAGUAGCACGCUACUGACCACCUCCCUCAACCCGUUGUUGCUCCGGGUGAAGUUUCCCUUAAGUACAGAUCUAGGAUCAACUUCCUCUCCCCAAAUCCACAUUAGUGGGGGAAAAUACCCAGGAUCAGCAUCUAGGGGCAACUUCACCCUACUCCAUCCAACUCACCAAAGCUACAAUAACACAAGCGCAGGGACAGGCUUCAAUCUCUGGUCCUACAGUGAAAAGAUGCCUCAAGACGGUUACUGUGUUUGAGUGUGUAACUAUUCUUAUCAAUAAGUGUGGAGAACUGUGCUCUCUCACUGUUAAGGGAAAACACAUUUGAAAGUCGAGGAAUCUUUCAAUCAAAUGUAUUUUAUAAAGUCCUUCUUACAUCAGCUGAUGUCACAAAGUGCUGUACAGAAACCCAGCCUAAAACACCAAACGGCAAGCAAUGCAGGUGUUGAAGCACGUUGUCUAGGAAAAACUCCCUACAAAGGCCGGAACCUAGGAAGAAACCUAGCGAGGAACCAUGCUAUGAGGGGUGGCCAGUCCUCUUCUGGCUGUGCCUGGUGAAGACUUACUAAAAAAACAUGAGCUGGCGCACACCCAGAAAAAAAUGGUGUGGAGGUUCUGACUAACAGCAUAUAAACUCCCAGCAAUUUAAUGGAUAUUUACCAACGUUUCGGCAUCACUGUGCCUUCCUCAGGGUAGGAAGGCACAAACUGUUUACAUUUUUUGUUUUGUUUAUGGCAUAGUACAUAUAUUACGCUAUUAUCAUAUAGAAACAUAAUUGAAUAUUAUACAUAUUAGAGUCAACAUACAUUAUUGUUGAAUUGAAAUUCACAUAGUUUUGUAUUUCAUAUUUGUUACAUAUAAUCUUUUGGUUCAAUCUUAAUGUAUAAUGAGUGUCAUCAACAGGGGGAACAUAUUAGGAGUAUUGGGGGCCCAUGGCUACACUCUGAAUUUUAAGUAAAAAGUCUUAACUCAAAGACAAAGUAGUUAUUGGAUAAUACCUGUUCAGUAAGUUGUAAGAUGCAAUUAUUGGCUGGAGCAAGGGUAGAGUCUCUCUGCUGGAGGAAGUGUUGCAGCGCCUGCAAGCCUCCAGUGUGUGGGAUCUUAGUGUACAAGCUCUCCACAUCAAAAGUGGCCAGCAGGGUGCCCUCUAGUAUCCUUCCUAAGCCCUCUUUCAAUGAGAUCAUGUGACUAGUUUCUGUACAGCACUUUGAGAUAUCAGCUGAUGUACGAAGGGCUAUAUAAAUAAAUUUGAUUUGAUUUGACUAGUGUCUUUGACGUAAGAUAAGAGAUUAUAACAGAACAUUGCCAAGAUGUUCAUUGAUGACCAGCAGGGUCAGAUAAUAAUCACAGGGUGCAACAGGUCAACACCUCAGGAGUAAAUGUCAGUUGGAUUUUCAUAGCCAAUCAUUCAGAGUAUCUCUACCGCACCUGCUGUCUCUAGAGAGUUGAAAACAACAGGUCUGGGACAAGGUAGCACGUCCAGUGAACAGGUCAAGGUUCCAUAGCCGCAGGCAGAACAGUUGAAACUGUAGCAGCAGCACAACCAGGUGGACAGCAAGGACUCAUCAGGCCAGGUAGUGUUGAGAGUGAGCGAAAGAGAGGAUAUACACACAGGACACCGGAUAAGACAGGAUAAAUACUCCAGAUAGAAGACUGACCCUAGCCCCCUAACGCAUAAACUAUUGCAGCAUAAAUACUGGAGGCUGAGACCUGAGGGGUCUGGAGACACUAGCUCCGUCUGACGAUACCCCCGGACAGGGCCAAACAGGCAGGAUAUAACCCCACCCACUUUGCCAAAGCACAGCCCCUGCACCACUAGAGGGAUAUCUUCAAUCACCAACUUACCAUCCUGAGACAAGGGUGAGUAUAGCCCAUGAACAUCUCCCCCACUCUAUGAACCUGGGAAUGACAUGGAAGAGCACCAGUAAGCCAGUGACUCAGCCCCUGUAAUAGGGUUUGAGGCAUAGAAUCCCAGUGGAGAGCGGGGAACCGGCCAGGCAGAGACAGCAAGGGCGGUUCGUUGCUCCAGUGCCUUUCCGUUUACCUUCACACUCCUAGGCCAGACUACACUCAAUCAUAGGACCUACUAAAGAGAUGAGUCCUCAAUAAAGACUUAAAAGGUCGAGACUGAGUCUGCGUCUCUCACGUGGAUAGGCAGACCAUUCCAUACAAAUGAAGCUCUAUAGGAGAAAGCCCUGCCUCCAGCUGUUUGCUUAGAAAUUCUAGAGAUGGUAAGGAGGCCUGUGUCUUGUGACUAGCGUGCGUGUAGGUAUGUAAGACAGGACCAAAUCAGAAAGAUGGGUAGGAGCAAGCCAAUGUAAUGCUUUGUAGGUUUGCAGUAAAACCUUUAAAUCAGCCCUAGCCUUAACAGGAAGCCAGUGUAGAGAGGCUGGCACUGGAAUAAUAUGAUCAUAUUUUGUCAAGACAAGAUUCUAGCCGCCGUGUUUAGUACUAACUGUACUAAGUUUAUUUUGUUCUUUAUCUGGGUAGCCGGAAGGUAGAGCAUUGCAAUAGUCAAACCUAAAAGUGACAAAGCAUGGCUGUAUUUAUUUGCAUUAUUUUUGGACAAAGUUUCUGAUUUUUGCAAUGUUACGUAGAUGGAAAAAAGCUGUCCUUGAAACAGUCUUGAUAUGUUUGUCAAAAGCGAGAUCAGGGUCCAGAGUAACGCAAAGAUCCUUCAGUUUUAUUUCAGACGACUGUACAACCAUCAAGAUUAAUUGUCAGAUUCAAAUGAAGAUCUCUUUGUUUCUUGGGACCUAGAACUGGCAUCUCUGUUUUGUUUGAGUUUAAAAGUAGAACAUUUGCUGCCAUUCACUUCCUUAUGUCUGAAACACAGGCUUCCAGGAAGGUCAAUUUUGGGGCUUCAGCAUGUUUCAUUGAAAUGUACAGCUGUGUGUCGUCCGCAUAGCAGUGAAAGUUAAUAUGUUUCCAAAUGACACCACCAAGAGUUAAAAUAUAUAGGGGUCCUAAAACGGAGCCUUGAGGAACACUGAAAUUUACAGAGACAAACUGAUAUCUUUCUGACAGAUAAGAUCUAAACCAGACCAGAACAUGUCCGUGCAGGCCAAUUUGUGUUUCCAAUCUCUCCAAAAGAAUGUAGUGAUUUAUAUUAUCAAAAGCAGCACUAAGGUCUAGGAGCAGAUGCAGAGCCUAGGUCUGAUGCCAUUUAAAAGGUAAUUUACCACCUUCACAAGUGCAGUCUCCCUUUGCAGGAUGCGCAGGGGAUAUGGUCACUAGUGUAACCAGGAGGAGGGCCUCAUUUAACACAGUAAAUUCAUCAGGCUCAAGCCAUGUUUCAGUCAGGCCAGUCACAUCAAGAUUAUGAUCUGUGAUUAGUUCAUUGACUAUAACUGCCUUUGAGGUGAGGGAUCUAACAUUUAAGUAGCCCUAUUUUUGAGAUGUGAAAUAUCUCUUUCAAUAAUGACAGGAAUGGGGGAGGUCUUUAUUCCAGUGAGAUUGUUAAGGCAAACACCGCCAUGUUUAGUUUUGACCAACCUAGACCGAGGCACAGACAUGGUCUCAAUGGGGAUACCUGAGCUGACUACACUCACUGACUGUGCUAGUUAGUGGCAGACUCCACUAAGCUGCCAUUCCCUUCGACAUUUGGAAAUUAUUUCCCAGGGAUAGAUAGCUUUUUUUAAAAAUUAAAUGUUUUCAGAAAUGAAGUGUUCAGAUAGAUGUGAUUAGCACAUUUCAUAUUUUCACUCUUAAUAUAUUGAGAACAAAAAGUGUUGGGUGGAGUAGAUUAAGUUACCAAUACUUUUGAUACCAGUACAACUGCUGCACACACUCUCUUUAUUGGUGCAAAAAAGCCAUAAAACAAAAUUGUGGACCAGGUUUAAAAGCGCUGUAACACUAACCAUUGUGUUCAAACGGAGGCAUUAGACAUGUACAAUGUACAGACUGGAUUGUUUUGAAUCAACAUGCUUUGCUUCAAAUGUACAAAGUUAAUUGCUCAUUAUUAAACAUUGAAUACAAAAACAUA